AUGGCGACGACCAUUGGUGAGAUGACCAUCGGCAAUCAGGUGGUGGAGGGAUGCGACAUGAAUGUCAUCUCGAAGCAUUUGCUUUCCACGCCAGUGAUCAACGGUCUGGGGGAAGUCUGGAGGCUGAUAGAGAACGGCCACGCAAUCGACGGUAGGAACGCCAUCAACGUGACCAAUGAGGACACCUUUGACCUUGUGGUGAUGUCGAAGAUGAGAGCAUCGCGCACCAGAGGCGUGGUUGGUGUCUCCUUUGGCAACCCCAAACGCUACACUCAAGAUGACAUUGGGAAGAACCGUGCAUUGCUCUUCGAUAUGGAACGAGCCCUCAUGAUGUGUUACAAGAUCUUGCUGUUCACACUGAGGAGGACCAAGUACCUGGACAACAAGACGGACAUGGUCUGGCUGCUCAGACUCUGGAUGAAGGGGCACGGGAUAGAGGACCUGAAUGCGAAGGAGGCAACCAUCAUGUUUUGCACGGCCGAGAUCCACUACAUGUUCUUCCGACUGGCUGAGGUCUUCGACAUCAGGGAUGACACCUUCAUUGAGUGUGUUGGUCCGCUGUUUGGAGAGACACUGCCAGAGAUGGACAGGAUCAAGUCGAACCUCAUGGAGUUCCUGAAGAUGUUUCCUUGUGGUUUCGAGAUGUGGAAUGCAUUCAAAAGAGGAAUGGGAGUUUGCAACUAUGUCUUCGCUGCAAAUGCGCCCCACUCCAUCCACGCUAGGAAUGAGAAGAAGUUGAGACGAGAUUGGUGCGAGGAGUUGGAGAAAUGGAAUGACCGAGUACCCCCUUGGAACGCGAACAAGUAUUACGGCGUGUUCAAGGCUCCGGACAGACUCCCCGAGCUGGACGAGAACUUCGGUGCUCACGGUCUUCCAAAAUGGUACAUUCAGCAUGGGGCAGAAUGGAAAGAACCUCCACCUUUCGAGUCCUACAGGACGAGACCGGCACCCAAGCCAAUGCCGCGGAGUGCUCACUCGGCCUCCUCUGGUAGUGGGCCCGCUCCCGCUCCAGAUGGUGGUCGAGGCACAGCACCCGGCGUCGAGAUCAGCAGCGAUGAGGAGAACGAGGACAUCGACUUCGGCAAUGAUGAGAUGAAGGCCUUGUUCAUGAUCUCGGGUGGCAAGCCGGACAACAGAUGGAAAAUGGCAGAACUACCUGCGGGGAGUGCAGUCGAGCGUUGGCAGAGAAAAGGGAUCAACGGGAAUCUGGUCCGCGGUGACGUGGUGAGGUACGCCAGCUCAUGGACUUUCCUACCCUACAAGAUCUUGUUUCCAGUGCCGAUCGAGAAGGGGAAGGUGAAUCACUGGGAGAAGUACCUGCGGAAGGUAACCACGUGCUUGCUUGCCUGGCAUGAGCCAGAAAAGUACAUGCAGAUCACCAAGUCAUACGGCAAGAGCGACAAUGCGGCGUGGCUGAAGCUAUAUGCUUACCUUUGCCAACAGACUUCGCUUCUGGAAUGUGAGUUUCAUCCUGGAGCACGUCAGUUGAAAGCACUGGUGAGGGCCGCAGACAACUUGGACAAUGAGCCAAUGAAGCUCAAGCUUGCGGCGAAGAUCCAAGCCCCUGAGCACCUAUGCGACUGCAUGGAUCCACCGCAGAUGAUCGACAUUGCUGCACGAAAGAUGGGCUGCGUCUUGAUGUUGGAUUGGCCUCUCAGGGGCAAGUCGAACCAGGGCAAGGUCUACCUCGCCGGGAUCCAGCUGAUGAGCGACCUCGGGUGGGGAAGUGUGCAGGAGUUCUCCGAACCCCGUGACAACACGGCAGAACCCGACAAAGGAGACGUAGGGCUGCUGCAGAGAAUCCAACAUAUCAUCAACGUCAUGCAGGCUGAUGAGAAGAUGAAGUCUUACGCAGUACAUUUGGUGGUGUCGAUGCUGCAUUGCAUUGAUGGAAGAGCCAACAAGUGGAUCGUCAAGGACGGGAUUGUUUGGUCCAGCCUGGAUGCAAAGCUGAAGACGUUGGCCGCGACCACCCACAGCCUGGUCUCUGUCUAUGUCAACCACAAUGCUGCCUUUCAUGGGGCAACGGGCGACCUGGGCAUGUAUUCCAAGAAGUUUGCGAACAUGUGCAGGGAAAAGGGAUUCCUCGUCACUGAUGUGCAGUACCACUGGGACGCAAUCGCGUCGCAAUGCGUGCAGAUGAGCUCCAUCGUGGAGGGAUGCGUCGCUGAAGAGGAGGUGAGAUUCAAUGUCCCGCCUGGAAGCGACCAGAAGCGCUUUUACAAGUACGACCCACCACCACAGAGCUCCGGCCUUCGCGAGGACGAGAAGGAGAGAACCUUUUCCUCGGCAACUGCAAAGCUGUCUACCUCAGACGAAGAGGACAAGUCUUGGUUCGAGUCAAGCCAGCUGGCAAGUGGGAUGUUCUGCGAGAAUUGCAAGUCUGGUGGUGUCGAACAACAAAUGGACAGAGUCAACAAGGACCGACCGGAGUCGUGCAUCAACUGCGCGGCCAACAGCCAAGCUGACUUCCACGGCUACACUACAUCGAGUGUCAAGAAGAAUGAGAUCUUGAGGUUGUUCGUUGAGAUGUGCGGGAUCGUUGACAUGGCCAAGUUCUCCAUUGGCAAGAAAUUCCCCGACCUCAUCGUGGACAUCAUUAAGACCUUCUUCAGGACAAACGUGGCGAAGCCGCUCUCGCACUUGGGCUACAUCACGAUGGACCAGGAGUCUUUCGAAGGGUUCUUUGGUAGCUCUAGGAGAGGAAAGCAACUGGUUGUGGAGGAGUUCCGGUGCAAGGUCCACGAAACUAAAGAGAUUAAGACCUUCUUUCGGAUUGGAAUGGACUAUGGCAACGUCUGCUAUGCUGGUUGGUGGAGGUCACUUUUGAGUACGACUGUCUUGGGAGAGUUGUUCUCUAGCCUCAACGCAGAGCUGCUUGGUGACGGCUUUGAGAUGCUGCUUGGAUUCUUCGAAGUCCUGCAACACUUCGAGACUGUGCUGCCUCAAUGGGGGAAGAUCUACAGCUACAAGCGUGGGCUCGAGAUCUCCAUGAUCAACUUCGCGAACUCCGGAACUGUCGGUCCCAUGAAGAGGGUGGAGAAGAUGGUCUAUGCUCAUCCCGUGUCCGUCAAGGUCAUGGCUGCUAUGGAGGAAGAGUACGAGGAAGAGCAGGACGUACCGAGCUCUGGUUCUGAGUUCCCUGGAGACUACGGAGGCCGCUACGACGACAACUCUGACUUCGAGUGGUACGAGCCUGAUCCUGAAGAGGAAGCAGAAAUGGGGGAUGACGAUCCUGAGGAUUGGAUUGGAAACUGCACGGAGGAACAGGCAGAGUACGCUCGCGAGGCCAGUGAUAUGGGCUUCGAACGGAUGUCGGACUACUUCGCGACGAUGAGGCAGAAGGCGGCCCGCAAGAAGGAGAAGGCAGAAGAGAGGGCGAGGCGCAAAGGCAGGAAUGAGAAGGAUGAUAGGCACAUCAUUCUAGAGAUCUUCGACAACGGCAUCAAGGAAGCCAAGAGGAGGAGAAUCUGCCUAUGCUGCCAGCGCAAGGGCCACCACGCCGAGGAAUGCGAAGAGGAGGAGAAGAAGAAAGAGUACCAGGAGAAGAUCGAAUGGAUCCUUUCCAACGUUAGAGGUCAGGAGGAGCAGCAGCAUCAUCAACAGAAGAGGUUCGUGGCGAAGAUGUACGAGAAGCCCAUCUCUUUGGAGGACCUGGCUUGCUUGGCUGAGGGCGGAAUGUACCACAUCAAGGGCGAGCUGCUAGAGGGCGUCAACCACCUGGAGCUUACCACGGGUGUGAGGAGCAUUCGAGUGCCUGAUGUCUUUCAGAUUCCUAGCCGGGAAACCUCGAAGUAUGCUGGGCGAGAUCGCCAUGGAAACUGGUAUCCGGGCUACAUGAGUGCCUGCGCUGGUCUCCCGAACUUCGCGGAGCUUGAGCCGGUCAACCCAACUGAGAUGUGCUACGGCUACUUUCAGGACUCAAACUUCGAUGCUGACAGGACACAGGAGCACUUGGCGUCUUUGCUCAAGGCUGAUAGUGGGAUGAGCGAGCAGGAGAUCAAUGAGGUCAGACUGCUGAAGUUUGGGAUCCUACCGCCGUGGAGUGCCGGAAACUACUCCACCACCACUUGGAUUCCUGACUGUGACCACUUGCUUGUCGUCUACGUGCCCGCACUCACACUCGUGAAGUACGACUGUGGACUCACGGAGAACGGGACGGUGAUCUGCGGCUACCCUUUACACUUUUCGGAGGUCGAAGGGAUGUGGAUCGUUCGUGGGAAGCGGAACAUGGCGGUUGAGAAUCCAGUUCGCGUGUUUUCCAGACAUGUGGUCAACGAGAUAUGCGUUGGAUUCCGAUUCUCCACUGCUCCCGACGGUCACCAGCAGUUCAUCCAGAACAUGGAGACUUUCUUGGACAAGGUCUCCAAGGCGAACGGACAGGUGCAGCAUGUCGCGACGCUCCUGGAAGGUCUCAAGAAGGCCGAAAGAGAGAUGGAAGUUUUGCUGAUCAACGAGUACGUUCUCGACAUCAGGAAGGAGCUCGGUCGAAUCUUCACUGACGAUGGAUGUGACUGGGAAGAUCACCUCUGCAGGGUAUGCCCGGCAUGUGUAACUCUGAUCCCCGCCUUCCUCACCUUGUGCGUCAAUUGCAAGGGCCGGCUGCUUUCCGUCGGGAAGUUCAUCGAAGAGAUCGUUGACGACGGCGACGAGGUUCCUGAGGCCAAGACGGAGGAGAAGAUGCCCGAAGAGGCAAAGAAGGCCAAGGAGAAAGCCAUGAACACCGAGUCCAAGGAGGAGGAGUCGAAGGAGGAGGACAUGGACGAGGAGGAAGAAGUUAAGGCCUCCGGUGCUCGGGCGUCUGGGGACCAAACGUACUUUGCCGCCGACAACGAGGACGCAACGGACAACGAGUACGAGGCACCACAACCUGACGGUGAUGAUGAAGUGCCGGUCACACUCACUUUCGAUGACCUCAUGGCGCUGCCACCCGCAACGUGCCUGAACGGAGAGGAGCCAGGAAGCUACAUUGCCUACUUCCUUGCAUACCACCUCUUCCGCAAGUGGAGGUUGUUUGAAUCUCUCGCGGAUAGGGACCCGCAGGAAUACAUUGAUCAUCCAAGCGCCAAGCCCUAUGCCGCAAAAUACGAAUGGCCUGUCACUCCGCGUGGACCUGAUGGAGUACCUCUUCCUCCCGACAUCGACACCGCUCGCGAGUAUGUCAAUGCACACUGGCGGAACUUUGAGGGCGACGUGGAGAAGAAUGCGAGGUACCUCCUUCAGAAGCUGUCAGGGUACUACCACACUUACAAGCUGUGGAGAGUGGCUAUGAACUACCACAUUAGCAGGGACGUGUUCAAAAGAGACGGAGGUGCAGACCAACGAACAGUGGUCGGAGCAAUCAUGAGGAUACUCCGUAUCGCUUACGGCAUGCCCUACGUCGCCUUCACCCCUGGGUGGUUGCAGACUGUUAGCCUGGCAAGCUACUUCCUUGUGGCUCACAUUGUGACGACUGACGUGAAGAAGGAUGCCGACAUGCUUCUCGUUGUGUGGUGUGUCCAGAACGGGAUUGAGAUACCUGAAGGUAUCGUUGCUCCCAAGCAAGUCGAAGCAGCAAAGGAGCGCUUCAGGAUGAAGGCGCGCAGACUGGCCCUGGCUAUGUAA